AUGCCUGAGUUCGUAUACGAUGCGGAAAAUGGUUGUACACGUCCCACGAACCACGAGGACGUCAUCUCAAAGGAUGGUGCUACUUUGGAAGAUACAGCGAAAGCUAGAAUAAUCGUCUCUAAACUCGACGCCGUCACAUAUGCCCGUUUCACGAACCACAUUCUUCCGAAAAGAGCAUGCGAUGUUCCCUUAACAGACACCGUGGCUGCUUUGAAGGAAUUGCUUGGAUAUAAUCUGCCAGUAUUCGCGAGACGCUGCACCUACCUCAAGACACAGCAAAAUGAGGAAAGCCUGCGCGACUACACCGGCCCCAAUCAGCGCCAUGUCAUGGCUGAGUUUAACGACGUCACACCUGAGCAGAUGGAAUGCCUCGUAUGGAUAUGUGGACUUGUCGCCCCGGAAGAUGCCGAUGUUCGUGCUCGUGCCCUUAGCAAGGACAACCCUCAAACCACGCUAAAGGAGCUUGCUGAUGAAGUUCAGCACUUUCUCGACAUUCUUCAGGAUGCCGCACUCCUCGAACCAUCAAGUCUACCGCACGUCCACGUCGUGGGUUCGCGAAAUAGUCAAAAGCCGUCGUCACCUUGUUUUCGGUGCGGAGCCAAUCACUGGUCUAAAGACUGCACACUCGUGAAGAAGAAAUGCCACGACUGCAGACGCUCUGGACACAAGCGAGGAUUCUGCAGAAAUUUCCCGGAGAAGAAGCGGAAUCCGAAACAGAAGCGAAAAUCUGCCAACAACGUCACUAUCGCUUCGACUCAUGCUGACGUCGCUGUGAACCGCAUCUACCGUAGAGUACAGAUUGACGGGAAGACAGUAAGCAUGCGCCUUGAUGCUGGAGCAGAUGUGACAUUGCUGAGCACAGCAGAUUGA